AUGGGUCUGAUCAAGUUCUCACAGGCAAAUCUACCAAAUCUUCGCCGACUGUUCGUCGAAGCUAGAACUGAAGCAGAAGAAAGUCAAUAUUCAAGAAAUGCGUUCUACAACAUUGUCCUCUUCAUGUCUUCUGUGGCCGUGUUCAGUCUCGUUGCACAACGUAUCAACAAGGCAAAUUCCUGA